CAUAAAUUUAACAAAUUUGCAGGAAGCCUAUUGAAAACGUAUAACGAAGCGCGCCGGAUAUAACACACUGACAAAAUACCGCUAUAUUGGACAGUUUGAAAGCCACUAUAUCAACCAACUGUCAAUAAAUAAAUCCACUGCAACCCUGUGUCUUGAUAUUCUCUGUUCUCUGGUCAACGUUUUCUUCGUAAACAAAUUAACGAAAUAUUUAUUUGCGUUUAUUAUAUUUUGUGCAGUUAAAGGAGAAAAUAUUUUACUUUUAAUGUUUAAAAAAUUAUUGUGCUUUUUCACAAUUAUAAUUGUCCAUAAAUGUCAAUUUAAUUAUAAAAAAUGUGAAAAUAAAAAUCACAACAAAUAUUGUUCUCCGAAAUGGCAUAUGUCAACAAAAUGCAAAAUAAACGUGUGAACAACAACACAGACGGCAAGAAUGGCAACAACAAAAUGCUAAACCUGUUAAUUGUCACUUGCCCACGAACAAUUCAUUUGCGACUCGCUGCGUUAUCUUCUUACUUAUUAGACUAGCUGUCAAUGCUGCAGUAGCAGCACAUAAUCUUUAAUCUACAAAUCGAGCAAACGUGAAAAUAACGCAAUUUCAAUAUUAAACAUUUGAGCUUGUGUUUGCUAAUUGCAAAGAGGAGUUGAGGACUAAUUGCUACAACUUUGUGUUGUACAUCUUUAGUUGCUAUGUUGAAUAAUAUUCUACAUCUUAGCUGGAUACGUAAGGUCAUAGCCAAAACGGUAACACGAUUGCCUGCAGCAACAACAAACAAACAAUUUAUAACUACCACAGCAGCUGGAGUAUCAAGGCGAACCAGUUGUGUAGUUUCAGUAAAAAAAAAUAUAUUCAAAAGCGGUUGUGAAAAAUACAACAGCUUAGAUUAUAGCAGACAACGUGCUCAAACACGAAAAAUGUCCGACAAAGGCGCCACCCACACAGAAACGGCGAAGAGCAGUGUCGCUGCUGCAGCCGGGAACGCAGCUAAGCACACGAAUCGCUUGAUAAAUGAAAAGUCGCCAUAUUUGUUGCAACAUGCGCAUAAUCCCGUCGAUUGGUAUCCGUGGUGCGAUGAGGCAAUCGAACGUGCACGCAAGGAGAACAAGUUAAUAUUUCUCUCGGUCGGUUAUUCAACAUGUCACUGGUGUCAUGUGAUGGAGCACGAAUCAUUUGAAAAUGAGAAUGUCGCUAAAAUAAUGAAUAAGAAUUUUAUUAAUAUAAAAGUUGAUCGCGAAGAGCGUCCAGAUAUCGAUAAAAUAUAUAUGCAAUUUGUGCUAAUGUUAAACGGCAGUGGCGGUUGGCCCAUGUCGGUGUGGCUAACACCAGAUUUGGCGCCAAUCACCGCAGGCACCUACUUUCCACCAAAUGAUCGUUGGGGCAUGCCCGCUUUCACGACAGUGCUAAAAACGAUUGCCACCAAAUGGCAAUCGAAUCAAGAAGAGUUGAAACAAACGGGCAAACAUGUUAUUAGCGCAAUACAAAAGUCAUUAAGUGAAAAAUCGACGACAGCUACCUUUGAACCAGGUAGCGCUGAAGCCAAAUUGCAUGAAGCCGUGAAUAUCUUCAAGCGUCGCUAUGAUCAGGAGUACGGUGGCUUUGGCAUGCAACCGAAAUUCCCCGAAGUAGCGCGUAUAAAUUUUCUCUUCCACGCCUAUAUUAUCACCAAGGAUGCAGAUGUGCUCGACAUGGCGCUGCAAACGCUGCAGCACAUCGGUCACGGCGGCAUACACGAUCACGUUUUCGGUGGUUUUGCGCGCUACUCUGUGGAUCGCGUUUGGCAUGUGCCACACUUUGAGAAAAUGCUCUACGAUCAAGGCCAGCUAUUGACGGCCUACGCAAUUGCUUACAAAUUAACAAAUGACGAGGCUUACUUGCAAUACGCUGAUGGCAUCUUUCGUUACCUGAUGAAGGAUCUAAGACAUCCAGAUGGCGGUUUCUUCGCCGGCGAAGAUGCUGACUCCUUGCCGACAGCUGAUGCUGGCGUCAAAGUGGAGGGUGCAUUUUACGCUUGGACUUGGUCGGAAGUGAAGCAAGCAGUGCAUGAAAAUGCAACGCUUUAUGCUGACUUGAAAUUGGAGCUGGAACGCAUAUUUGAAAUCUACGCACAUCACUAUGAUUUGCGUCAAACGGGUAAUGUUGAACCCAACAGUGAUCCGCAUGGUCAUCUCACGGCCAAAAAUAUACAUAUUGUGCGUGGUUCAAAAGCUGAAACCUGCGCUAACUUUGAUAUCGCUGAGGCACAGCUGCAACGCAUUUUAGACAUCACUAACGAAGUGCUGCACAAAAUACGCGAUCAGCGUCCGCGGCCACAUUUGGAUACGAAAAUUAUUUGCGCCUGGAAUGGUUUAGUGCUCUCUGGUUUAUCGAAAUUGGCCAAUUGUUGUUCAGCAAAACGUGCUGAAUACGUCAAAGCUGCAGAGGAACUGUACAAAUUUAUGCACAAACAUUUGUAUGAUGAGGAGAGGAAGGUGUUGCUGCGUUCUUGCUACGGCCUUGGUACCGAUGAUUCUACUUUAGAGAGUGUGCCCGCCCAGUGCAUCGAUGGCUUUCUAGACGAUUACGCCUUUCUCAUCAGGGGUCUAUUGGACUACUAUAAGGCAUCGUUGGACGGCAGCGUGCUGAAAUUGGCUAGAGAAUUGCAAGAGAUACAGGAUACACGCUUCUGGGACGAUACGCAUGGCGCAUAUUUCUACUCGGAGGCCAACUCGCCGAAUGUGAUUGUGCGGCUAAAAGAAGAUCAUGAUGGCGCCGAGCCAUGUGGUAAUAGCAUUGCUGCACGCAACCUCCUCCUACUCGCUCACUAUUUCGACGAAGAUACUUACAAGAAGCGCGCAAUUAAAUUACUGGAGUUCUUCGCUGACAUCAAUCCAUUCGGUUAUACACUACCAGCAAUGAUGUCUGCGUUGUUAAUGCAUGAAAAUGGUUUAGAUUUAGUGGCUGUAGUUGGUCCGGACUCGAAUACCACACAUCGUUUCGUAGAAAUAUUAAGAAAAUUCUAUAUACCCGGCAUGAUAAUAUUACACGUCGAUCCACAGUAUCCUGAUGAGACUUACAAUCAACGUGUACAGGAGAAAUUUAAAAUGGUCAAUGGUAAAACAACGGUUUAUAUCUGUCAUGAGCGUGUUUGUCGUAUGCCAGUUACUGAUCCCGAACAACUCGAGCAAAAUCUGAAAGAAAGAUUCUUUAAGCAGGCCGAGUGAAGACGCGUUGAAUUUUAAACGAUUUCCUCUUUAUAAUAUUAACCCAAAUAGUUGUUAUACUUAGCGUUUAGUAACAAAAGCAGUAGUGAUAAAAACUUAUUAGAGUGCGGACGUUUGAAAAAUGAAAUGACUAGCGCAAGGCACUAGCUAUAUUCUGUUAAAUAUUUAAGUGUUUGGUUCUUUCAAAUUUACGUUCAGUUUAGUUAUUAAUAGUGUUACUUACUUAUUUUAAAUAGUACAUACUCAUAUAUGUUUAUUAAAUCAAUUGAAUUAUAAAUGCUUGGCGAUAAGUGUUUGUAAUUUUAACAGUGAUUUGUGUUGUUUAAUAAUUAAAUUGUCAGCAGAAUGUUAUUAUGUAGUUUGCAAUUAUUUUUAAACAGCAAAAUAAAUAAAAUCAGGACACAA